CACACACACACACACACACACACACACACACACACACACGUACACGUACGGAGCAUCCUGCCGGUCAGGUCUCCUGGUCCAGCCCCGCCCGCGCCUCCUGCUUACUGCAAACCUUCUCCUUCUCUCCCACACUCCCCCCACCCUUCCCUCCAGUUCCUGGACCCUCCUCGCCGACCCCCACCCCACUCCCGGGAUGGAGUGGACUGAGCCAGCCCGGAGCCCCCCGCGGCCGGGGUGACGGCACCCUCCACCCCGAGCACCAUGGGCAGGAGGGGUUCCCCAGGCGAUGGACGCUGAAGAUGACUGAUGCUGGAGCUCUCUUGAGUCAUGGCUUCUUCAAAGUUCCGAGAACCCGUGGAUGAGGUUUUUGACUUGGACUUGGCUGUACCAGAAACGGUCAGACUGGACAGCAGUUUACACAAAGCCCGGGCCCAACUGCUGGCCAAGGGCCGGAGACACCGGCCCUCCCGCUCAAGGCUUCGGGACAGUGCCAGCUCUGCAGAGGAUGGUGAAGGCUCCGAUGGGCCCGGAGGCAAGGUGACCGACGGCUGCGGGAGUCCCCUGCACCGGCUGCGCUCGCCUUUGCACUCGGGCCCGGGGUCCCCUGCCGGGGGUUCGUUCUGCCUGGAUCCUCCCGGGUUGCGGCGCAGCCUGGACGAGGACGAACCGCCGCCCUCGCCGCUCACCCGAUACCGGCCCUUGCACAACGCCGCCUCGCACGAAGGCCUGGCCGCCGCCUCCUGCUCGCCGCCGCGCUCUGCGCCCUCCUCGGACAGCUCGCCUAGCUUUGUGCGCCGCCACCCGCGCGCGGAGCCGCACAGCGAAGAUGACAGCCGGGAUGCCAGCCCACCUGAGCCUGCCAGCCCCACCAUCGGCCUGGAUAAGAAGACUCGCCGAAAGUUCCUGGACCUGGGGGUCACCUUACGCCGAGCAUCCACUAGCAAGAGCCGGAAGGACAAGGGCAGCAACCGCCUGUCCAUGGGCAGCAGGGAGUCAGUGGAGGGAUCCAGCAGGUCAGGGGGCUCCCCGUUCCUGCCCUUUUCCUGGUUCACAGACAGUGGCAAGGGCUCGGCAUCCUCCGGCAGUACCACCUCCCCUGCCUGCUCCCCUAAACAUGAGAGCUUCAGCCCUAAGAAGUCAGCCUCUCAGGAAUCCACUCUGAGUGAUGACUCCACACCCCCCAGCAGCAGCCCCAAGAUUCCAAGUGGUCCCCGGCAGGAGGCCAAGUGUUCUUACCCCUACCACACGCUGUCCCAGUCUUCAGAUGAGUUCCUGGAUGAACCUCUCCCCGCUGUCCACCAUUGGACCAGUCAGCAGGUGGGCCAGUGGCUGCACAGCCUCAACCUGGAGCAGUACGCUGCCGAGUUUGCCGCGCGGCAGGUGGACGGGCCGCAGCUUCUGCAGCUGGAUGGAAGCAAGCUGAAGAGCCUGGGGCUCAGCAGCUCACAUGACCGGGCACUGGUGAAGCGGAAGGUGAAGGAGCUGGCAGCGGCUGCUGAGAAGGAGCGUAAGGCUCAGGAGAAGGCUGCACGGCAGCGCGAGAAGCUCCGGCGCAGGGAGCAGGAGGCCAAGAAGAGCUAGGGGAGGGUGAGGCAGGCACGGCGGGCACAGGCCUCCCCAGGGAGGCAGGGCCUGGGCACCAAGCUUGGGCUGGCCUGGCCCCGCGCUCUCAGGGGGUACAAGCCCUCUCUCACCCUGUCAGUCUGUUUGGACCGAGAUCCUCCAGGAAGGGACACGCCAGCGAGAGGGCCCAGUAAUAAAUCGAUUUCAAGGA